AGAAUUAGAACAAGUUCCUAAUUCAGAGGGUUACUAUGGAUAAAUUUAUACAGCAUCUAUUUAUCUUAAACAUUUGCAAUGCAUUUAUUAUAUCAUACUAAGAAAGUGAUACUCUUGCAUGCAACAUUAGGUGGAGCUAGACCUACUAGCUAAAUAGUAAAUGGACAAUGUGACAACGUAUACGGUGUGAUACUAUCUUCUUUUCUGAUUCCUGUCUGUCAGCUCAACAGUGAUGAUGGGGCUGAAUGAAAUCUUUCCGCCACUUUCUGUUUUGUCCUAGCUUCAUGGCUUUGUUCAUCUUUAAAAAAAAAUUGUUCUCUGUCAUUCUUUACAGUGUCUAUUCAAUGCAUCCUUGCUCUUCUACUGCUAGUUCCUUCCACGCUGGCGUGUAUUGCCAUGUAUGGAACCUUUUCUAGGUCCAUUCUUGACAGAUGUCCAAACCAUUGCAGUCAUUUUUCUUGAAUCUUCUGUAACAGGGUUAUUUCUUAUCCUAGCAAGGGUAGUUUGUAGUGACUGCUAGUGAAAGGGCACAUCUGUCCCUGCAAGUGCACCAAGUUUCGUACAGCAAAGAUUGCAAAUAACUUACAAACUAAGUAUAACAUUGGCAGAAACAGUAUUGCAGCAAGCUAGUGGAUAACUUAGAAAGGUGUUGCAGAAUGAUUAUGAUACACUGGUCAACUACAAAACCAAGGAGUUGUGGUCUAACACUUGGCAAAUAUUGGACAAUAGAAACCAAUUAUAUUAGCAUCUAACUGACCAACAAAUAUAUCGCAUUUUCUUUAUGUACCUGUGCAUGUUUAUUAAAAUCCAUUUGUUCAGAACAUAUCCUGUUUUCUAGAUUAUCUGCUUAUUCUCUUAGGGCCUGGAUUCUUAUUUACAAUAAAAGAUACUUUACAUCUUUUUGGGAGUAAAUUAUGUUUAGGGUGUUCUGGAGCUUUAUUUUAUUCUUCGUCUGAAGAUGGCACCUCCAGGGACAUAAUGCUCUUUACCAUCCAACUGUGACAUUGGUUCAGAACUGCUUUAGAUGAAAGCAUACCCUCGGGGCGGCGGGUGAACCCCCCAUUCGGGGAGGCUAACCCACCCAGGGGCGGCUCUAUGUUUUUUGCCACCCCAAGUACGGCAGUCAGGUGGCCUUCGGCGGCAUGCCUGUGGGCGGUCCGCUGGUCACGCGGAUUCGGCGGCAUUUCUGCGGGUGAUCUGUUGGUCCCACACCCUCGGCGUACCCGCCGCCGAAGCCGCAGGACCAGUGGGCCUCCCGCAGGCAUGCCACCGAAGGCUGCCUGAAUGCCGCCCUCAUGGCGAUCGGCAUGCUGCCCUCCACGUGCUUGCUGCGCUGGUGCCUGGAGCCGCCCUUGAACCCACCAGCCCUGCCCCUUCUGCCCACAGCACCCCCACACAGUGGGAACCCUGAGGCCUCCUCCCCCAGUGGCCAGAGGAGCCCUACCCCAGCCACCCCAAGUCACUGGCUGUGUUGAGCCACAGGCCAGCCCUAGCGCUGGGCCAAGCCACUGGCCUGAGCACUGGCCGCUGGCAGGCCUGAGCCCCAGGCUGCUGGCUGGAGCUGAGCCCCUGCAGGCUUCAGGGGAGGAGAGGCAGGGCCUCAGGGUAGAACAUGGGUAGAGCCAUGACCUGGGGUAGGGGAGGCUUAGCCUGCCCUGCCCUUUGAUACCCACCACCCAUGCAUACCAUUUACUGAUCACCCAACCCAUAUCCUGUAGAAUGGAGUUUUUCUAGCUGUUAGGGGGAGCACUAGGAGAAGUUUAGCUCCAGUCACUCCAGCAGCAAAGGGAUUGUUUUGUCCAUCACUACCUACAACCCCUACAGGGUGUAGCAAGAUGUCCCAGUGCAGCCCAGCCCAGCCCAUAUGAAGGGCAGUGUGGUCACAACUGUUAGAUGGACAGUGAUGGACAACCCCCAUCAUUACAGCUGUCUCCUGCACAAUAGGCUAGGUGGGGAAGGUCUCCCAAACAAAAAGAUGAAGGAGAAGGGAACACUGAUUUGGAAGUAACAUUCCCCCCCACAGGCCACAGCACACAAAAAGUAAAUGUUUUAGUAUUCACAGAUGCCAUAGAUAGGGGGAACGGGUCAAUGCAGGCACACUAAUGCCCUUACGAUUGACAGGAAUGGGGAGCAAACUCCAAGCUGCACAGCUCUGAGAACAGGCCUUCUCACUCUUUUGCUUGUGUUCUCAGAUUGGGGUCUGCACGAAAAAGCACCCAGCUUCCUGCAAACAAAAAACACCAAAGCAAGGUAUGUUGCUUAUGGGCAUGCUGCAUGGAAGCAGUUGUAGUGCAUGUGAUGGCAACUGGAGUUCAGCUGGAAGGCAGGUGAGGCUGCGGUUGCCCUCAUAGCUCCAUGCUCUGAGGGAGCUGCGCCUGGCUUCUGGAGACUAGGAGCCAGCACGUGCACAGCCAAUGUCAGUAGGUCUCUUCUGCAGGUCAGCGUUCUGCACAGGGGGCAUGCCAACAGCCCGGCUCUCUCUCUGAUCUCUGUACUUGUGCCCCGGGGCCAGCAGAGAGCUCUGCACCCCCGCAAGCAGCAGAAGAGUCAGCGAGUCAUCCAGCCCCACCGGCUACUCUCUCCCAGGCUCAUUAUAUCUUUUGCACCCGCUCCGGCCACGCCUCCGCCCUUCAGGUUGCAGCUGCACUGAAUGCAAAGGGAGGAAACUCCGCCCCGGGCACUGGUUGCAGCCUUCUCUCCCCCGAGCCAGCUUUAGAGACCUGUGGUCUCCAUAGAGAUAGUAACACCCUGCACCUUUCAGUCGCUCUCCGGGAACAAUACAUGGGGGGAAAGGGAGUGAGAAAGGCAGAGAGAAGCAACAGCAGGAAAUCGCUGCGAGCUGAUCUCUGGACAACUUCCCCGGGAUUUUAAACGCACACGCUGCUGCUGCCGGACACAAGCAAACUUCGCCUGGCGACACUGCCGGAUGUCACUCCGCGGCCACCCCAGAUCGAUAGCCUUUUAUUAACGCCACCAAAGCUUCUCGGAGCCGCUGCCCAGGACGGACACCCGCUGCCCGUGCGGAGGCGCCCCGGCCGCAAGAGCCAGAGGAGUAGCUGGAAAGGGGAAGCCCCGCUCGGGAGAAGGAGCGGGCUGAAGGGGAUGCGUUUGCAAGGGAUCGUGCCUGUUGGAGAGGGAGGCGAGCGCUGAUCCCAGAGUCGCCGCCGCGAGGAUUUACACCGGCCCCUGCUCGAUUCAGUUUCUGGAGGGCAGCGUGCGCUGCCGAGGCGGGUCCCGCUGGCGGGGAGCGGGUCCCCGGGAGCUGCGGGCGGGGAGAGGCUGCCAGGCAGCAGGCGUGCGAUUGUUUUUAGAGCAGCAGGUUUAUGCUAAUCACCCUGCCGGGAGCAGCAGUGGGAGGAGGAGAGGAGCCAUUUUGAACUCACUUUAAACUUUAAGGUGGAAAAGUUGCAAUUCUCCAGUCGGGUCCCGAGCGAUGUUCCCUGCCGCGGGGUUCUGAGGGAGCGGCCCCGCCUGGCAGAGGAGGACAAGGCCAGGGUCCCCCGGCCCCGCUGCUCAUGGCUGAGGGCGGAUGAGCCGCCCAGGGGGGUGGAUGGAUUUUGCAGGAGCCCUUUGGCUGGGAUCGCUGCUGCCGCCUAAGACUCGGAGAUGCUGCCGGUGCCCGCCGCCGCCUGGCUCUCGUGGCUGGCUCUGCUCAUCCGGCUGGUGCCCGUGGGGGGCUGGGAGCUGCACCUCUCCUGUGGCGCCGGGCGCGCCGGGGACCUGCUGCUGGAUGUCUCCCUGGGGCCCGGCUGGCUGUACAGCUUGGACGAGGCGCUGACGGCCCGCCGCGUGCGGGAGGCGGUGGAGGUGACGGCCGCGGGGCAGCUGAGGCGCAGCGGGGCGGCCGGCGGGGGCUGCCCGGCGAGCCCCUCGGGCUGCGGGCGGCUGGAGCGCAACCCGCUGCCUCUCCACGUGCGCAUCGCCGCCCAGCGCUCCGGGGCGCUGCUCUUGCUCCGCCUGGCCGUCUACGUGCACAGCCCGGGCUGCCCCCGCCGGCACCGGGGGGCAGGCAGCAGGGGCCAGGCGCGGCCCCGGCUCGCCGCCCGGCUCUCCCCGGGGCAGCUCCCAGCCCCGCUCUGCUUCCCCGCAGCCAGCCGGCACCUGCCCCCAGGGCCCGCCGGGGACCUGCGCUCUGCCCUCACGGCCCUGACCAGCUUCCCUGCCUGCAGGUGCCCGGACCACCUCCCCCGGGGCUGCGGCGAGCAGGAGGCAGGGGGGAGGGCUCGGUGCUGCCUGGAGCCCGCCGGGGAGUCCCCUCUGCAGCUGGUCUGUGCCUUGAGGAGGAUAGGGGGGGAGAUCCUCCUUCAGCUGGGGCUGGAGCGCGCCCCGUCCGCCGGGGCAGAGGGUGAGGAGGAGGAUGGGACUUGGGGGGAACGGGAGCCCGUGGGUGCGAGGGGAGAGCAGAGAGGAGCGGUGGGUGCAGGGCAGGGGGAAGCGCCUACCCUGCAGCUGGGGCCCCAGGGAUUGUGGACAGAGGAGCGGGCCCGGAGCGGCUGGGAUCCUUCUCUCCAGGGGGCUCGGAGGAGGAGAAGUGCGAACAGCCCUCCGCAAUUCCAGCUGCCCAGCUACCAGGUCUCCAUCCCCGAGAACGAGCCUGCGGGUACCCGGGUGAUCGCCCUGCGGGCCCAGGACCCGGACGAGGGGGAGGCCGGCCGGCUGGUGUACUCCAUGGAGGCGCUCUUCGACGAGCGUUCCAAUGACUACUUCUCCAUCGACCCAGAGACGGGCAGCGUGGUCACCACGCGCAGCCUGGACCGGGAGACCAAGGACACCCACGUGCUGAAGGUGACUGCAACUGACCAGGGUUCCCCCCGCCGCCGCUCAGCCACCACCUACUUGACUGUGACUGUGAGUGACACCAAUGACCAUGGGCCAGUGUUCGAGCAGCCUGUGUACCGGGAGACCAUCCGGGAGAACCUGGAGGUGGGUUAUGAGGUGUUGACUAUCCGUGCCACGGAUGGGGAUGCCCCGGCCAACGCCAACAUGCUUUAUCGCCUGCUGGAGCCAGGUGCUGGGGAUGGUGUCUUUGAGAUCGACCCUCGCUCUGGAGUAGUGAGGACCCGAGCCCCUGUGGAUCGUGAGGAGGUCUCUGAGUACCACUUGGUAGUAGAAGCCAAUGACCAAGGAAAGGAACCAGGUCCCCGUAGUGCCACAGCUACAGUACACAUCACUGUGGAGGAUGAGAAUGACAACUACCCACAGUUCAGUGAGAAGCGCUACUUGGUUCAGGUGCCAGAGGAUGCCCCGGUGAACAGCCAAGUGCUGCAGGUGCAAGCGACUGACCGGGACAGGGGCAGCAAUGCCCAGGUGCACUACAGCAUUGUGAGUGGCAACCUCAAAGGCCAGUUCUAUAUCCACUCUUUCUCUGGUGCCAUCGACCUGAUCAAUCCUUUGGACUAUGAGACCAUCCGUGAGUACACACUGAGAAUCAAAGCCCAGGAUGGGGGCAGGCCCCCUCUGAUUAACUCUAGUGGGAUGGUAUCAGUGCAAGUGGUGGAUGUGAAUGACAAUGCCCCUAUUUUUGUCAGCACCCCCUUCCAGGCCACAGUGCUGGAGAACGUGCCAUUGGGCUACUCUGUGCUGCACGUUCAGGCAGUGGAUGCUGAUUCUGGAGACAAUGCCCGUCUGGAGUACGAACUUAUAGACUUGUCCCCAUCUCCUGGUGUGGUGUCCCCAGGUGGGGAGACUGGGUUUCCAUUCCAGAUCAAUAACAGCACUGGAUGGAUUACAGUGUCGGCUGAGCUGGACCGAGAGACUGUGGAGAACUAUCACUUUGGGGUAGAGGCUAGGGACCAUGGAGUGCCUGUCAUGACUUCUUCAGCUAGUGUGUCCAUCACGGUCCUGGAUGUCAAUGAUAACAACCCGACUUUCACUGAGAAGGUCUAUCAGCUCAGGCUGAAUGAGGAUGCGGCAGUGGGCAGCAGUGUCUUGACUCUGAUAGCAGUGGACAGGGACAUUAACAGUGUAGUGACCUACCAGAUCACCAGUGGCAACACUAGGAACCGCUUUGCCAUCACCAGCCAGAGUGGGGGUGGGCUGAUCACCCUGGCCUUGCCCCUGGAUUACAAGCAGGAGAGGCAGUACGUGCUGACAGUUACUGCGUCAGAUGGCACACUCUUUGAUACUGUCCAGGUCUUCAUCAAUGUCACCGAUGCCAACACACACCGCCCGGUCUUCCAGAGCUCCCAUUACACAGUGAGCGUCAGUGAGGACAAGCCCAUUGGCACCUCUAUUGUGACCAUCAGUGCCACCGAUGAAGACACAGGGGAAAAUGCCAGGAUCACGUACAUUUUGGAGGAUAACAUUCCUCAAUUCCGCAUUGACCUGGACACGGGCACUAUCACAACCCUGAUGGAACUAGACUACGAGGACCAAGCUUCUUACACAUUGGCCAUUACAGCUCGUGACAAUGGGAUCCCUCAGAAAUCUGACACCACCUACGUGGAGAUCCUCAUCCUGGAUGCCAACGACAAUGCCCCCCGCUUCCUGCGUGACCGUUACCAGGGCUCGGUCUUUGAGGAUGUGCCUCUCUCCACCAGCGUCCUUCAGCUGUCUGCCAACGACCGUGACUCAGGCCUCAAUGGCCGCCUCCUUUACACCUUCCAGGGUGGUGAUGAUGGUGAUGGAGACUUUUACAUUGAGCCCACUUCUGGAGUGAUACGUACGCUGCGCAAGCUGGAUCGUGAGAACGUGGCUGUCUACAGCCUGCGGGCCUUUGCCAUGGAUAGAGGCAGCCCACCUCUCAAAGCCUCUGUAGAUAUCCAGGUCACUGUGCUGGACAUCAAUGAUAACCCGCCUGUCUUUGAACAGGAUGAGUUUGACAUCUUUGUGGAGGAGAACAGCCCAGUGGGCUCCAUCGUGGCACGGAUCAGUGCGGCCGACCCAGACGAAGGGACCAAUGCACAAAUCAUGUACCAGAUUGUGGAGGGUAACAUCCCUGAGGUUUUCCAGCUUGACCUGCUCAAUGGUGACCUCACAGCCCUGAUGGAUCUGGAUUAUGAGAGCCGAACGGAAUAUGUGAUUGUGGUGCAGGCCACCUCAGCCCCUCUUGUCAGCCGAGCCACCGUGCACAUUCGCCUGUUGGAUCAGAAUGACAACCCACCUGUGCUGCAGGACUUCCAGAUCCUCUUCAACAACUAUGUGACCAACAAGUCUAACAGCUUCCCCUCUGGGGUGAUUGGCAAGAUCCCAGCCUAUGACCCUGACGUGUCCGACAGACUGGCCUACACCUUUGUUCAGGGCAACGAGUUGAACUUGCUACUCUUGGACUCUGCCACUGGGGAACUCAAACUCAGUCGAGAUCUGGACAACAACAGACCCCUGGAGGCUCUCAUGAAAGUGUCAGUCUCAGAUGGUGUUCACAGUGUCACAGCAGUCUGCACCCUGAGGGUGACUAUCAUCACUGACGACAUGCUGACCAACAGUAUCACUGUGCGGCUGGAAAACAUGUCCCAGGAGAAGUUCCUUUCCCCGCUGCUCUCUCUCUUUGUGGAGGGUGUGGCGACGGUGCUGUCUACUACCAAGGAUGACAUCUUCGUCUUCAACAUUCAAAAUGAUACAGACGUCAGCUCCAAUAUCCUGAACGUAACAUUCUCCGCUUUACUUCCUGGUGGCAUUAGAAAUAAGUUCUUCCCCUCCGAGGACCUCCAGGAACAGAUCUACCUCAACAGGACGCUACUGACCAUGAUCUCUAUGCAGCGGGUCCUGCCUUUUGACGACAAUAUCUGUUUGCGAGAGCCUUGCGAGAACUAUAUGAAGUGCGUCUCGGUGUUGAAGUUUGACAGCUCUGCUCCAUUUAUUAGUUCAAACACCGUUUUGUUCCGACCCAUCCAUCCCAUCAACGGUCUGAGGUGCCGGUGUCCCCCUGGCUUUACAGGCGACUAUUGUGAAACAGAGAUUGAUCUCUGCUACUCCAACCCUUGUGGCAAUAAUGGGCUUUGUCGGAGCCGAGAAGGAGGCUACACUUGCGAAUGUUAUGAGGACUACACUGGCGAGUAUUGCGAAGUGAAUGCCCGCUCUGGCCGCUGCGUACCGGGAGUAUGUAAAAACGGAGGAACCUGUGUUAAUCUGCUGGUAGGAGGUUUCAAAUGCGAGUGUCCCCCAGGAGAGUACGAGAGACCUUACUGUGAGAUGACAACAAGAAGUUUCCCUCCACAGUCGUUUGUCACCUUCAAAGGGUUAAGACAGCGCUUCCAUUUCACUGUUUCCCUCAUGUUUGCAACCAGAGAAAGGAAUGCUCUGCUCCUCUACAACGGACGUUUUAAUGAGAAACAUGACUUUAUUGCUCUUGAGAUCAUUGAAGAACAGAUCCAACUAACAUUCUCUGCAGGGGAGACCACUACAACAGUUGCACCAUUUGUUCCAGGAGGGGUCAGUGAUGGACAGUGGCACUCUGUUCAGGUGCAGUACUACAACAAGCCCCACAUUGGCCGAUUAGGAAUUCCUCAUGGACCUUCAGGAGAGAAGGUGGCAGUAGUAACAGUGGAUGACUGUGACACUGCAGUGGCUGUGCGCUUCGGAAGUCUCAUUGGGAACUACACAUGUGCUGCCCAAGGAACUCAAAGUGGCUCAAAAAAAUCUUUGGACCUGACUGGACCUCUCCUGCUUGGGGGUGUCCCAAACUUACCUGAAGACUUCCCUGUGCACAACAGAGAGUUUAUUGGCUGUAUGAGGAACCUCUCCAUUGACAACAAGCCAAUCGAUAUGGCUAGUUUCAUAGCCAAUAAUGGCACUCUUGCAGGUUGUGCAGCUCAGAAGAACUACUGUGAUACUAAUUGGUGUCAAAAUGGAGGCACAUGCGUGAAUAAAUGGAACACCUACACUUGUGAUUGCCCCCUGCGGUAUGGUGGGAAAAACUGUGAGCAAGUAAUGCCUUCUCCCCAGCGUUUCAGUGGUGAGAGCAUUAUUGUCUGGAGUGACCUUGAUAUUACUAUCUCUGUACCAUGGUACAUUGGACUCAUGUUCAGGACCCGGAAAGUUAAUGGCAUGUUAAUGCAAGCUAAUGCAGGAACUUCAUCCAAGAUCAACAUUCAGAUCUUGAACAACUAUGUGCAAUUUGAAGUUUACAACGGCCUGAACCAGGUUGCUAGUUUGAAGAUGACCCAGUCACGAGUCAGUGAUGGUGAAUGGCAUCAUUUGUUAAUAGAGUUAAAGAGUGCUAAAGAGGGCAAAGACAUCAAGUACCUGGCUGUUAUGUCCUUGGACUAUGGGCUGUAUCAGAGCACUGUGCAGAUUGGAAAUCAACUUCCUGGACUAAAAAUGAAAAGCAUCAUUGUGGGAGGUAUCUCUGGAGAUCAAGUCUCAGUGCAGCAGGGUUUUUAUGGCUGUAUGCAGGGAGUAAGAAUGGGGGAGACUUCUACGAAUGUAGCUACGUUGAACAUGAAACAGGCAAUCAAGAUCAAUAUAAAGGAAGGCUGUGAAGUAGACAACCCUUGUGAUUCCAGUCCAUGUCCCCAACACAGCUACUGCAUUGAUGACUGGGACAGCUACUCCUGUGUCUGUGACCCAGGGUACUUUGGGAGAGACUGUGUUGAUGUGUGUAACCUGAACCCAUGUGAGCAUGUCUCCACCUGUGUCCGUAAACCUAGCUCAUCCCAUGGGUACACCUGUGAAUGUGGACAAAGCUAUUAUGGGCAGUACUGUGAGAGCAAAAUUGACUUGCCUUGUCCCAGAGGCUGGUGGGGAAAUCCCAUUUGUGGUCCAUGUAAUUGUGAGAUCAGUAAAGGAUUUGACCCUGACUGCAAUAAGACUAAUGGAGAGUGUCAGUGUAAGACAAACUACUACAGGCCACAAAGCAGUGACACCUGUUAUCCAUGUGACUGCUUCCCUUCUGGUUCUCAUACUCGCUCCUGUGACAUGGAGACAGGACAGUGUCCUUGUAAACCUGGGGUGAUUGGGCGACAGUGUAACCGUUGCGAUAACCCUUUUGCUGAGGUUACCAUUCAGGGCUGUGAAGUGAUUUACAAUGGGUGUCCCAAAGCAUUUGAAGCUGGCAUUUGGUGGCCACAGACUAAGUUUGGACAGCCAGCUGCUGUGCCAUGUCCCAAGGGAUCAGUGGGGAAUGCAGUUCGGCACUGUAAUAGUGAGAAAGGCUGGCUCCCUCCUGAGCUUUUUAACUGUACCACCGUUAGCUUUGUGGAUCUUAAAAUCAUGAAUGAAAAACUACAUCUCAAUGAGACCAAACUGGAUGGAGACAAGUCCAUACAGAUUGCUAAAGUGCUGCAGAAUGCCACCAAGUACACCAACUCCUUGUAUGGGAAUGAUCUGAGGACAGCAUACCUGCUCAUGAUCAGGGUCCUGCAGUAUGAGAGCCAGCAGCAAGGGUUUGACCUAGCUGCGACAAGAGAUGCAGAAUUCAAUGAAAAUCUCAUUAAAGUGGGUAGUGCCCUUCUGGACCCCAGCACCAAGGAGCACUGGGAGCAGAUCCAGCGAACAGAGGGUGGCACAUCCCACUUACUGAAACAUUAUGAGGAAUAUUUCAACAAUGUGGCCCAGAACAUGAAGAAAACGUACCUAAAACCUUUUGUCAUUAUUGCCACAAAUAUGAUUAUUGCUGUUGACAUCUUUGACAAGUCUAAUUUUACGGGCGCUAAAGUACCACGGUUUGACAGGAUUAAAGAAGAUUAUCCUAAAGAUUUGGAGUCAUCUGUUUUGUUCCCUGAUACUUUGUUCAGACCUUCAGAUAGAAAAGUGGCACCUACAAUGAAGCCAUCAAACCAAAAAUUAUCCUCUAAGCCGGAUAACGGUAUUUUAAACCCUGAGAAUGCACUUACAAAGAGAAAGAAGCGAAACCCAGAUGAGUCUAACCAGCAUGCCGUUGCUAUGGUGAUUAUAUACCGAUCUCUAGGACAACUUUUACCUGAGCACUACGAUCCUGACAGAAGAAGCUUAAGGUUACCUAAUCGACCCAUCAUUAACACACCCAUAGUGAGCACCACAAUUCAUAGUGAUGGGGAGCCUGUACCGAACCUCCUGGAAAAGCCCAUUAUACUUGAAUAUGCCAUGCUGGAAACAGAGGAGAGAACUAAGCCAGUCUGUGUGUUCUGGAACCACUCAAUCAUAGUUGGUGGGACUGGAGGCUGGUCCUCCAAAGGGUGUGAGCUUUUUUCCAGAAACCAGAGCCAUGUUUCUUGCCAGUGCAAUCACAUGACCAGCUUUGCAGUGCUAAUGGACAUUUCAAAACGAGAGAAUGGCGAGGUGCUUCCUCUGAAGAUAGUAACUUACACGACUGUAUCCAUCUCACUGGUGGCUUUGCUGAUGACCUUCAUACUGCUAGUUCUGAUCCGAACACUGCGUUCAAACCUGCACAGCAUUCACAAAAACCUGGUGGCUGCCCUUUUCUUCUCGGAAUUGGUCUUUCUUAUUGGAAUCAACCAGACAGAAAACCCGUUUGUGUGCACUGUGAUAGCCAUCCUUCUGCACUACUUCUACAUGAGCACCUUUGCCUGGAUGUUCGUAGAACAGCUCCACAUAUACCGCAUGCUGACUGAAGUGAGGAACAUCAAUUUUGGACAUAUGAGGUUCUACUAUGUCGUUGGUUGGGGGAUUCCUGCUAUUAUAACAGGUCUUGCUGUGGGUCUGGACCCACAGGGCUAUGGGAACCCUGACUUCUGCUGGCUUUCUGUUCAUGAUACCCUUAUUUGGAGUUUUGCAGGCCCUAUUGUGAUCGUUGUGGUCAUCAACACAGUCAUCUUCAUACUAGCAGUGAAAGCAUCAUGCAGACGAAGACAACGCUCAUUUGAAAGAACUGGAGUCAUCUCCGUGCUGCGAACUGCUUUCCUCCUCCUGCUGCUGAUCAGUGCCACAUGGUUACUGGGGUUGAUGGCAGUGAACAGUGAUGUCAUGACAUUCCAUUAUCUCUUUGCCAUCUUCAGCUGCUUACAAGGGCUCUUCAUUUUCUUCUUCCACUGCGUUUUUAAUAAAGAAGUCAGGAAGCACUUGAAGAACACGUUAACUGGAAAGAAACCCCUUCCAGAUGACUCUACUACAACAAGAGCUACAUUAUUAACCCGAUCUCUGAACUGUAACAACACAUAUAUAGAGGAGCCAAAUGUGUAUCGCACAAAUAUUGGUGAAUCCACAGUCUCCCUAGAGAGCACCAUCAGGUCAGCCAAGAGCCACAAUAGCUACCUUGCUUACAUUCUCAGGGAUGAGGCUGCUCAGAAGCUCAGUGGGUCCUCAAGCCAAGCAAGGGCAGGUCAGACAGAAGCAGAUUCCUCCAUUUUUCAUAGGAAUCCAUCAAAAUCCAAUGAUCAUGAUUCUGAUUCUGACAGCGAGUUGUCUCUUGAUGAACAGAGCAGCUCUUACGCUUCCUCCCAUUCAUCAGAGAGUGAGGAAGAUGGGAUUGAAACGGAGAAAAAAUGGAACACAACCACAUCCAAAAACAACGAGCGUGGCCCAAUCCACAGCACUCCUAAAGUUGAUUCUAUAUCCAAUCAUGUGAAACCCUAUUGGCCCACAGAGUGCAUAACAACAAGCGAUGGGGAGGAUCCAGGUGGGAAGCAGAAACUGAAAGUGGAGACAAAGGUCAAUGUAGAGCUUCAUAGGGAAAAUCAAGUGAACCACAGCAAUGAAGCACCUCAAGAAACUGAGAAUGAAGGGCAGCAGAAAGAGAACAAACCUCUACAACAGCAGAAUAACCAGCACCCGGAACAGAGGAAAGGCAUCUUGAAAAAUAAAGUCACCUACCCUCCCCCUCUGAUGGAUAAGAAUAUGAAGAAUCGACUACGGGAAAAGUUAUCGGAUUAUAAUCAAACCACUAUCUCAUCCAGGACUGCUUCCUUAGGGACAAAUGAUGGGGUUCGUUCACCCUCUGACACUGGGGUGACAAUAAAAAAUCCACGGAGGGAACAGUCUCGAGAUCAGCUCAAUGGAAUGGCCAUGAAUGUUCAUGUGGGAACAGUGAAUGCUGAGACCUCAGAUUCUGAAGGCAGUAAUGAAACUUCAAUUUGAAUCAUCAGGAAACAGUGAUGACUUUUCCACCCGGGGACUACUUGCUGUGAUGUCACUUCCUUGAUACCUCGGAUUUCACAGGAGAUGCUCCAUAUCGAGGAUGAGGAUGGUACUGCUUCCUCUGCUGUUACACAUUAUGGCAGACUUCUGACUGCUCAUACAUGAAACAUAGUACCCAAGACAUGCAUGAUAAGGCUACAUCGUGGUACAUUCAAUGGCUGUGUGAAUAUGUAACUGUGCCAAAAUGCCUGGAGACAUAACAGGGACUCAUUAUGAUGGAUGAAUGAUUAUAAGAAGCGUUGACAGAGUCACAGCAACGCUACAGGAACUGCUCAUGUGCGCAGCCCAUUCUGAUGACUUACACAAGGAGAACAAAUUGUGUUUACUACAAGUCAAAUUAUCAGCCUUAAGAAAAGCACUAGAAGAUGCCUCUUGCUGAGGUCUUGUUCUGUUACAGUGUGAACCAUUCAGCUUCGUGAACUCUAGAGAGAAGAAUAUCACACCAAGUGCCCUUCCAUAUCUAUGCCAGCAUCUUUACCAGCCUUUGAUGGACACAGCGUCUUAAAAAAAUGUCCUUUAUAUAUAAAUAUAUAAAUAUUAAAAAAUUGUAGAUAAUUUUAUAUAUUUUGUAUGGUGACUCUAAAGAAGGAAAAGUUCCUUUGUAUAUUUUACAUUUAUACUGAUAUUCUUCAUUUGAUGCUAGGAAAUCAAUGGGAAGAGCUCUUGAUUAUUUUUUAUAUUAAAAAUUGCACAGUUGUACUUGAAUUUGGCAUUUGAUAAUGUAACUGAUGUUUGCAUCAAAGCCACCCUAAAAUGCAGUGCAGUUUUUAAAAUACUACAGUGAAAAGGUUGAUUCUAAAUUUAUAAAUAUAAUUUAUAGGUUUCUGUUUCCAGAUUAUGGAAUAUUUUAAGGAUGCAGUGUGUAUUUUUGAUAACCUCUACUAAAACCAACAAAAAUGUUCAUUUGUUUUUAAGGUGUUUUGGCCUCUUCUCCCAUAUUUUUUUAAUUGGUGUUUACAUUAAAAAGAACAGAAAUCGAAUUUCACAGCUAAAAGAUAUUGUGUCUUCAGCUAGUCAAAGAUUUCAAAACAGUUUUUAGAGAGAAAUCAAUUCUGGUUUACAAAAUUUCCCUAUUUAAAAUAAAGCUUGUGUAAUUUACAUGCUAGUCACCUUUUGACUUAGCUUUUCAUCACAUUUUUCCUACUAAACAACAAACCAGGGUCUUGUUCUGAGGACACAUUUGUGCAGUUCCACCAUUGCACAAAUACGGUGUGAGGCUUACUGUUUUGUUUUACUUUUCAUUUUUUACUCUGAGUCAGCAUUUUGCCAAUUGGAGCAGAAACAUGAGUCUUUAAGGAUAUCUGUGUUUCAUUUCUUAACUGUUUGGGAAAUUCCUGGCUAUCUUGUUGUUUUGCAAUACAAACACAAGUAUUAAACAAUUUCAUGUUUCAUGCACGCUAAACAUAUUUUCACAAGUGUAAGAAACGUGUAGUGUCUGCCAAACUCAUCUUUUUACCGUGUUUACAAAAUAGUUGUCCACAAUAAGUAUGUAGGGAAAUGUUUCUGUUAGCAAUUCCUUUUGGCUUGAAUAUAUGACUCAAAAUGAGUCCUUAAAAUUCCAUUUGUGAAAAUGAUACAUUUGUUAUCUACCUUUUCUUAGUGUUAUGUAUUUCACACUAUAGUAAUUUUUCAUAGUGACCAUUUUGAGAAGUUAUUAGCUGUUCCUUUGUAUGAAUGUGCAUGUGAGGGAGAAUAAACAGAAACAAUAUGACAGGCUGGAUAAAAUGCAGGAAAUUAACAAAAAAAAAGCAUAUACUGUAGUAAUAUUGGUUUUAUUAUAUCCUUAUGCAUUUUUAAAUCUACUUGAGGCCUUUGGAAAGGGGAAAGGAUACUGUCUCUUUAAAAAAUUAUGCAACAUACUGCGUGAAAUUUUCUGAUUGAAAAAUGUUUUUUAUGUUUAAGUGUCUGUCACACUUGACUGUGUGCUCAGAUACCGUGUACAACCUGUGUUAAUCAUUUUGCAUCUGUGUAUGUAUAUUUUGCCCCAGUGAGAUGUAGUUAGUUUUUAUUUCAAUCAGAACUGUUUCAGUAAAUGUGUCAGUUGUAUUCAUGACAGAAAAAUUAAAACCUAUUUUUAUGACUUGUUAAAACUUUAUGGCAGGUUAGACACUGGAGGUUUUUUAACAAAAUGUAUAUUUAUUAAUGUGCAGAACACUGGAAUUGCAGCACAGAUGAAUGGAGAAUAAAUUAAGAUUUUUAAUUUGUA